AUGGAUGUUGAGAAGCUGAUUGUCCUGGUGCAGGAUAGGCCCUGCCUCUGGGAUCUCCGUUGUUCUGAAUACCAGGACCGAUAUAAAAAGGACGCUGCCUGGGAGGAGGUUACCCAGGAUCUAUUUGCAGCCAUAUGGCAAACGACAAAAGGGCAAAGUCGCCGGAAUUUAAUUGAAGAGGUCAAGAAUCGUUGGCGGAGCUGCCGAGACCAAUUCCGCAAGGAAAUGCGAAAGCAGGGGCGGAGCGGGGCUGGUCUCCCCAAGAAAAGGCCGUACCUCUUCCGGGAGCAGCUAAUGUUCCUCCGCGCUGUCAUGGAUCUGCGUCCAACGGAGGACAACCUAGAGGAGGAUGAAGAAGAAUCUGCACCCCAGUUGUCAAGUGCCUGUGACGAGGAGCCGACAGCUGGGCAGCAGGAGAGUCUUCCGGGACCAACACCAGGACCUUCCGAGCCUCCUGCAGCAUCAGGAGCUGAUUCCCCCCCCCCUCCCUCUGGCUCUACCCAUCAGGUCCAGACGACGGGCAAAUCCCCCUGCCGAGUCCAACGUGAAUGUCCAAGUUUUGGAUUAUUUAUCUCGGGCUCGGCAGGAGGAUCAUCACGAUAUGUUUGCCCGUAGUCUGGCCCAUUAUAUGCGGCAGCUACCUCCAGAACGAUUGUUACGGACAAGAACUUCCGUAGAAAUCGUUCUGGAGCUAGCGAAUUCGCUUCCUGAUCCCUCGAUCAUGCAUGAUGCCCUCGAAAACUUACGCCGCUAUGGGCAACUAAUUGUCCCCAAACACCCCACUGUUUCCCAGCCAUUCCCCGACCAACCACAAAUGCCCCCCCCAAGGGAUCAUUAUGGGCCACCAAUGGCGCCAUAUGUUCCCCAGAUUCAGGGGGAGCCGAGCUAUGGUCCUCCGGGACCCUCGCCCAGUCGAGCUGGGCCACCUUCCCAGGCCCAAUAUUCAAGGGCUCCUUCCCAGGGCCAAUAUUCCGGCCCCCCUUCCCAGGGCCAAUAUUCCGGCCCCCCUUCCCAGGGCCAAUAUUCCGGCCCCCCUUCCCAGGGCCAAUAUUCCGGCCCCCCUUCCCAGGGCCAAUAUUCCGGCCCCCCUUCACAGGGCCAAUAUUCCAGGGCUCCUUAUGAGGGACAAGGUCCAAAUCAGGCUGGACCCUCACAAUAUUCUGGCCCUCCUUAUCAGGGAUCUUGUUCGCCCUCAAGCCAAUAUGUUAAUUUGUAGGAUUUUUGGCUGAUAAAUGUAUUUAUUUUCAUAUACCCCAGAUUUUAUUUUAAUAUUGUGUGAAAUUAAACACA